GGAGCGGGUUGGUCCAGCACAGUGACAGCUAAAUUCCCGGAGAGCCCAGUUUCCAGUGGCCGCAAGACUGUUGGGGGGGGGAUAAUGAAAAAAACAGUAGGACUUUGAAAGCUGCAGCGCAGGCUUUCAGUCGGAAUGGAACCCCGCUAUAAUAUGUUGUAUCCUUGUGGAGAGGGCUGUGAGACACACUUUCAAACGGGACAGGCGACCAGAGGAUGGGGCUGACUUCUCCGCACGGGGAUAAAAAAAAAAAAUGUCUUCUUAACCCUUGGCAUCACGCUGUCAGAGGCGGAAAGCGUCUUGGCCUUAAUACCCUACAGAGGUGGUGGGUGCCCGGUACACGUCAGCACCUUCCCCCAAGACAACGGCAGCAUUCAUGCAGUUCACCCCGGACCGCAGAACUGAACUCUCCGUCAGGUAAAAGGCGAUGGCUCUGAAAUCAAGGAGACCGUGGGCGACCGUGAUGUUCGGCGUCUUUCUCGGUUUCACCGCCUCCUCUUGGCUCAUCUUGCCUCAGGUCCUGGAGAGUAAGAGGAGAAAAUCCCCCGUGUGUUUGUACCACAGUGUCUCCUCCGUGGGUAAAGGUCCCGACAUUCUCGGGAACACCGCGGCUAUCCAAGACGUGGACAGCCCGCAGUUCGGUCAGGAGGAGGAUAGGGUUUACAGCACGGGCAACGGCAGCGGAGAUACCGGGGGAGCCGUCAACAGACCGAAGCGUUUCCUCUACGUCGGCGUGAUGACCGCGAAAAAGUACCUGGGCUCUCGCGUCCUUGCCGCGUACAAGACCUGGGCCAGUUCCAUACCCGGGAAAGUGGAGUUCUUCUCCAGCGCCGGGUCCGGCGCUGUCCGCACCCCCGUCCCCGUCCCGGUGGUGUCUCUGGCAGGUGUGGACGACUCCUACCCGCCACAGAAGAAGUCAUUCAUGAUGCUGAAGUACAUCCACGACCACUACCUGGACGAAUACCAGUGGUUCAUGCGGGCAGAUGAUGAUGUUUAUAUAAGAGGUGAGAAGCUGGAGCUGUUCCUGCGGUCGCUGAACAGCAGCAAGCCCCUCUACCUGGGCCAGACGGGCCUGGGCACGGCAGAGGAGCUGGGCAGAUUGGCCCUGGAGCCUGGAGAGAACUUCUGCAUGGGAGGCCCCGGGAUGAUAUUCAGCAGAGAGGUGCUACGCAGGAUGGUCCCUCACAUCAGCACCUGUCUGAGGGAGAUGUAUACCACCCACGAGGACGUGGAAGUGGGCCGAUGUGUGCGACGUUUCGGAGGAACGCAAUGCGUGUGGUCUUAUGAGAUGCAGCAGCUCUUCUAUGAGAACUACGAACACAACAAGAAAGGUUUCAUUGAAGAACUUCACAAUAGCAAGAUCCACAACGCCAUCACACUCCACCCCAACAAAAAGCCUGCCUACCAGUACCGGCUCCACAGCUUCAUGCUGAGCCGUGAGAUCUCACGGCUUUGUUACCGCACCAUCCAACUCCAGCACGACGGCCUGAUGAUGAGUUACCUCGGUGAUACGGAGGACCAGCAGCUGGGGUCGCCACCUUCCUACAUGCGCUAUCAGCCCAGUGAGAGAAAUGAUGUCAUUGAGUGGGAUUUCCUGACAGGUCGCCAUAUUUAUUCUGCUGUUGAAAACAAGAAAGCCCGGCAGAGCCUUGGGAACUUGAUCCAGACCGCGCUAGAAGACAUUAUACUGCAGGUCAUGGAAAUCAUUAAUAAGAAUUCGAAAACACGGGGCCGUAUCAUUGACUUUAAAGAGAUUCAGUAUGGCUACUACCGGGUGGAUCCAAUGCAUGGGGCGGAAUACAUUUUAGACUUGCUGCUUCUGUACAAGAAACAUAAGGGACGCAGAAUAACCGUGCCCGUGAGGCGACAUGCUUACCUUCAGCAGCCCUUUAGCCGACCCUUCUUUACUGAAACUGAAGAGCUAGAUGUGGUUGAACUUGUGGCUGCCAUCAACUCUGAAUCCCAAUCCCUGUCUUUCCUGUCUAACUCUCUGAAGUUUUUAUCGCCCUUCCAGUUCUACGAAUCAAGGGAGAUGUGGAAGCAAAGUCAGAAGAAGGUCCACAUUCUCGUCCCGUUGUCUGGGCGCUACGAUACCUUUGUCCACUUCAUGGAGAACUUUGAAAAAGCGUGCUUGAUUCCCAAACAAAACGUUAAGCUCUCCGUCAUUCUUGUGGACCACGAGAACAAUCCGAAGGACGGAAAACAUAUUCAGUUAAUCAAAGACUACUACAGGAAGUAUCCCACAGCGGACCUUUCUGUAAUCCCUGUGAUGAGCAACUUUUCACGUGGGCUGGCUCUGGAGCUGGGCUCCUCGCAGCUUGACAAUGACACCCUACUGUUCUUCUGCGAUGUUGAUCUUAUCUUUAGUGGUGACGCCUUGCAACGCUGCAGAGACAAUGCUGUCCAAGGGAGACAGGUCUAUUUCCCUAUUGUCUUUAGUCAGUACAACCCCAAGAUAGUGUAUGCUGAUAAGGACCAAAGAGAAAACAAAGUUGCACUCACCAAGAAAAGUGGUUUCUGGCGAGAUUAUGGCUUUGGAAUCACCUGCAUUUUCAAGAGUGAUUUACUGAAGGCCGGAGGUUUUGACACCUCAAUCCUGGGCUGGGGGAUGGAAGAUGUGGACUUGUUCACAAAAGUUAUUCAUUCUGGUUUAAAAGUGUUACGCAGUCAAGAGCCAGGGAUUUUCCACGUCUAUCAUCCUGUCCACUGCAACACAAGCCUCGAGCAGAAGCAACACAAAAUGUGCCUUGGGUCAAGAGCAAGUACGUUUGCAUCCACGCUGCAGUUAGCAGAGCUGUGGUUGGAGAAACACGUAGAAACAGGGUUUAACAGAACUUCAUCCUGACGUUUGAGCCCUCCUCAGUCCCUCCACGCAACUUUACCUCAUUUCUGCUGGAAUGCAGACAGCGAUGGACUGUGUAUUGUACUGUGGUCAAGGUCUUUGUAGUCUGGAAAGGUUGACACAAGAAGGACCCAAGACUAUCCUAUCCAAAACAAGUUGACCAAACCCACAUCCGGCCUAACAGCAGGUGUCCAGAUGGAUCCAGAACAGUGCUAUACAGCAGUAUCACAUACCUGAUCCAGAUCCAAAGCAGCCUCUUAGUUGGUACAUUGGACAUUGUACAGCUCACUUUACUAUUACACAUUUAUUUUUUUACUGUGUAAAUGAUGCAGAUAUAAAAGGUUGGGAGUUUUAUUGCAGUUACUUGGGUUUGGGAUUAAAUCUAAAAAAAAAAAAAAAAAAAAAAAUAGACCCAAAGAACAAGCUGUACCACCCAAAAUACCAAAUAAGGGUGAUUUUAACUCUUCAA